UUCAUAACGUAAAAAGCAGCUUUGUUCAGUUUCCUUUAAGCUCCGCCCCUUCCCUCAUUGUUGCCUCCGCUGUGUUGACGCUGCCAGAGAUUGACCGAUCUGAUAAGUUUUACCUAUCGGCAGAUUAAUGCCAAUAUAUCGUGGAGAUCUGUGCAAUGUGAAGCAAAGUCCAUUUUCCUCAACAUGCUACUGACUAGCUAACUUUAGCAAUGUUUUUGUACAGAAUGGAGUUUGUUACCGGAGGUUAGCAUGCUACUGACAGCAUGUUAGCUACUGACAGCAUGUUAGCUAAUGACAUGCAACAAUCACACAAACUGUUGAGGUUCUUUUAAAUUACUUCAGGAAUGUUCCAGUUAUUUGUAUUAAAGUAAUUUUACUUGGUGACUUGUGAAAGGCAAACUGAAAUUUAUUUAAUUGUUCUUUCUAACACAGAGAGAAUAAACACUUUAAAAAUGUUAAAAUCAAAUAAUCUGUAAGUAAACAGAAUGAUGGUUUCAUGGCUGGGUCAUGUCUGCUGGAAAUCUAAAGAUGGCCGCCCUCAUGUUUCUGCUCCAGCUAUAAAGAAUAGUUUUAAACUUUUAAUUUAGUACAUCUGGUUUUUAUUAUUUAGGAUAAAUCUUAUCAUUGAGUAAUUUAGUAAAGAACUAAAUAAUCUGAAUCGUUCACAUUAAAUUAAAUCGUUUCGUGUCUUUUUCUUUUCAAACUGCUGGAUGUUUUCCGUCUUCUUUAGCAGCUAAACUUUGAGUUAUUUCAUCAUUUUCAUGAGUGGAUUUUCCCUCCCGACGCUUCAUUUCCUGUUUUGGGACUGAUGAUGUUUCCUGGUGGGAUUUUUUUCCGUCUCCGUGGAAAAGCCGCCAUCUGAAAGGCGCCGCUAUUUUUACCAGAACUCAGUCAGAACCUCACAGGAACUCCAGCAGAGUCACGAACCAGCUGAGGCGACAUCAUGAAGGUGGACGGACUUUGACUAGGCCACUCCAGAACCUGGAUGGAGGUUCUGCUGGUUUGGGUUUCUUCCAGGCUGAUGUGUUUCUGGUAACUCCGUCAGUUUAUGGUUCUAAAACCGCAACAAAAAUAAGUUAGAAAUGAAUAAAAAUCAGCAAAACUGUUAAAAGUUCAGCAUUUUACACAAAAUAACAGUUUUAUCACAGCAUUAUUAGCAUUCAAACUUCUGUUUAAAAUUACUUGGAAUAAAGAAGCUGCACAUUGUUUUGAACGUAAGACAUUUUCACCACAUGAAUCUUUAAAUAUUUCGUUUUAUGUAAUACAAUAAAAUCGGGAUGACCAUGGCCACAUUUUAGCUAAAACUGAGAUUAAAAUUAAAAUCAGGUUGAGAUUCAAAUCAAAUCAGAAUAUUAAAAUAAAACCUGCAGGAUUAAUCUGAGGCUGAAUGUGUUUAUCGUUUGGUCGCGUUUCGGUCCAGAUGUUUUCCUCUGGUUAUGUAACCUCGUUAUGGGAUGAAUCCAGUUUUCGGAGAUUUAUUUAUUUAUUUAUUUUUUAUUUAUUGGAGACAUUUUAAACUGCAGCUGCUACUAAUCUGCUGAUCCGGUCCCGCAAUCCGGCGGGAUUAACCUGCUCUGUUCCGGGCCGGUUGGACGUUCUGGGUUCUGAGGUGUGUGUGUGUGUGUGUGUGUGUGUUUCCUCCGCUGUUGUCUCUUCCUGCGGGCUGCAGAGCAUCAAGGCCUAAUCUAGGUCACCGCACGCGUCCCGAGGCUUCCACGCAUCAACACGCAUCACGAUGUUUACAUGGGAGUCACGUGACCAACAUGUAAAGUAACGUUAGUUUGACUGAAAUGUCCCAGUUUCCACGAGGCUCCGCUGUCUGAUUCGGCAGAAAUGUAUGAAAUUAUUUCAUUUCGUUUUGUAAAUGGCCUGCAUGAUAUUUCCAUCUGAUAAUGAAAUGAAAUUAAAUUAGGAAUCAUGUUUUAAUCAAACUGCAGCGUUCAGGCUGCCUGUGAAUUAUUCCCGUAAAAACAGCAGCUUCUAUAAAUACCCCCCCUCCCUCUCCGGUUUGUCUGUUUUCCUACAAUCACUCCCACUUCCUCUGUGCGGCUCUUCUCCCUGCACAGAACCAGAACAAGAACCGGCCCGGUUUGGUUCGGUUCUGCAGAAUGAGCGCCGCUCAGUGACAACAUGCUGGAUUUUUAAUAACAAAUUUCUGAAUUUUCUGAAUUAUCAGCUGAUGCGGUUGAGGCAGUGAAGGAUCAGAUGUUGGUGUCAGGCUGACCUAUCACAGCGCAGCGCGCCGCCGGCCAGCCCUCCCCCACCCGGACACAUGCUCAGCCUCCCCGGGCAGGCAGGGCGCAGCGAGGCGCAGCGGACUGGAAGCAUGGCGGCGCGGCGGGAGGAGGCUGCGGGAGACGCGUAGAGGCGGAGGGAGAGAGGGAGGGAGAGAGCCGCACAUCCUGCCGUCAGACCCGAUCAGUUCAGGUUCGGUUCUGAUCCCCGAACAGCUGCAGCUGGAUGAUGCGGGAUGUCUCUAAGAACCCCCCAGCCUGCUGACUCCGCUCCAGCCGUCUCCGUGGAAACGCGCAGCGCCGCCGUCGAGUCGGAUCCAGAAUAAAACCCCGGCUGGUGAAACGUUGGAGAGCUGAGAAGAGAGGAGCUGACUGAGCGCGCUCAGCAGCAGAUGGUGACACUGCAGCAGCACUUCUCCAGCAUGGAGCAAACUGUGCAGUCCCUGCUCCAGAACCAGGACUCUCUGGACGGACCCAAAGUGGAUCCUCUGGACCUGAUGAAGGCCUACAAGGACAAGCUGCUGGAGGAGAUGUGGAAGCAGCAGGACAGUCUGGACGGCGGCCCCGCCGCCGAGGCGCCGCCGUCCCCGCAGGCCGCCGCCGCCGCCGACAAUCCUCUGCUGGAACGCCUUCGAGUGCUGGAGGCGGAGAACUCGGCGCUGUCCGUGGAAAACGACAACCAGAGGAAGCAGUACGAACGCUGCUUGGACGAGGUGGCCAACCAGGUGGUGCAGGCGCUGCUCACGCAAAAGGACCUGAAGGAGGAGUGUGUGAAGCUGCGGACCCGAGUGUUUGACCUGGAGCAGCAGAACCGGAUCCUGAGUGUUCUGUUUCAGCAGCGGGUCAGAACCUCCACCGCUCCCGUCUCACAAGAGGUCCAAAGAAACGGAAAAGCCAGAAGUAUUGCUGCAGGAAGAUGGCCCAGCCUGCUGAGCCUGACCUGCCCACGGAGCAGCGGCAGCGGCAGCGAGCUGUCUCUGUCCAGUGCUUGCAGUGAAUACUCCAGUGGUUCCCAUACCUGGGCAGACGGACGCGGCUUCUCCAAGCAGUGUGCCUCCAGCCGGGACAAGCGUAUGAGCACUGGCUCAGUAUCCAGCAACCAUUCAGUGUUCAUUGAGCCAACGGACUUGGGAUGGAAGGAGGGCCAUAUCCUGAAAGGCCUGAAGCAUCUCCAGAUGAACAAGUCCAAAGAGGCAACCUCAGCUGCAGCUGUUCCACACUGCAAAGACUGCAUGACCUCAAACGAGGGUAUUUACUCCUCUGGUGUCAAGUCGCGCCAACAAGGGACUGCUAAGAAAAGUUCAACGAGAAAACCUUUGACCGCUGAGCCGCAAGCGUCCAUCCUGGACUCUGAUGAUCCAGAUGAAUCUGGCGAACAAUCAACAAAAAAACGUCUUCAUUUGGACUCACUGGAGGUUUCUGCAGAUGGUGACAAAGUUUCUCAUGAAGACUCGAUUCUUCCAGCUAGCUCUGGUCUCUUCCCCUCACCAGACUCUGACAACUUCCUGUUUUUAGAGGCCCCCACCGUUAAACCUGGUGUGAGUCCAACAAAUAGCCUCACAAAGUCUGAGGGACUCAACAGGAACUUAUUAGACGAACACAUAUCAGGAGUGAAGCUCAGCGACAGGAAUAAUAACCAAGAACAGGCAACUGACCGUAAAUCCAGACUGGACUGCAGCCAAAGGCAGCAAGGCAGACUUCCUAUCAAGCAAACAGAAGCAGAGGAAAAUGAGGUGAGCUCCUCAGCUCAGCAUUCUGCAACCAGAGCUCUGAGCUGCAUGGAUGAAGCCAGACAGCGAAGUGCUUCAAUGGAAGUGCCCCACUGCAGAGACCAGGGAAAUCCAGCCGGUCGGGACAGCAGGUACUGGACCAGCUCAGAAUCUCCACAGAGGAAACCAAAACCUCAGUUUUGUGACUCAGCAAGGAAAGCUUUCAUUCUGAGAAGCAAGAGUGCAGAUGGAGGCCAAGAUCAGCUUAAACAUACCCAUUCUCCUCUACAUCAGAAGCUCAUCAAGGGUCAAAGACCCAAAGGACAGGUGACCUCUCCAGGACACAGUGUGCCCAGCAAACGGGCCAACCCUCAUGGUUCUAGCAAGUGUACAUUACCUAAAACUGACAAAGAUCAAGAUGUUUCAAUGCCAGUCGGCUCCAAGUGUCUUGAGAGUAUGCAACAGCUGUCUCCGCUUGCAUCUCCUGUGAAACAGUCAAAGAUUCUUAAGUCACCAGGCAUCAAGGACAACCUGAAGAGUCCAACUAAACCAUCAACUAGAGUCUCAAGCAAUGACUGUCCUGAAGAGAGCAUCUAUGACAACCUGCCCUGUUCACCGAGGAAACAGAGACGCCAAGAAGACCAGGGAGAUUUGUUCAGAUCGGAGCGAAGGUCUCCGUCGCCACCGCUACCACCAGGCCGAACUACGUCUCUUCUUCUUAAAGCUGGCUCCGACAGCGCAGCCAAAGACAAAAAACUGGCAACUCAGCCUCAAAGCUCAACCACUGGCAAACCUUCAACAGCUACUGACUUCAGUUCUGUUUUAGAGACUCAGCAGUCCAACAUCAUAAAAGAUAAUCAACUUGCUGACCUGCAAAUGAGAGACGUCUCCAUCAAAACCUUCCUUACCGAUGGGUCAAAGAUUCCUCACCUCCCCGUUAAAGAAUCACAAUCCUCGGACUCAGUUCAGUCAGACAGAAUCACCACAUGCCGCAAUGAGAAUGGAUCAACAAACCAGAACAUCCUACAGAGAUCCCAGCAGAGCAUCAGUGAGCCAAAGCUUUCUGAAGUCCUGCCUACAGGUUUCUCUAAUGUUUACUACCACGGGGUUCCCAGUAAUCCCCGCACAUCCUCCUCAAACGCUGUGAAAAGGACACUUCCAGUGAAUGCUAAGUCUCACGAAGCAAUCUCUGGUCAGAACACCAGUACCUUCUUGAUCUUUGGUAGACAGAGUAAUGACGACCCAAACAGUCUGCAGACUUUUCAAACAUUUACAUGUGAUCCCCAAGUGAUGCAUGAAUUUGGUUCACGGGAAAAGUCUUGCCGGAAGAUUGAGACCCGCUGCAACUCCCUGGACUCUGAGCCUCUCCAGCCUGCAGCAUCUGACGCCAGCGGGAUGUUGGACUGGGGGUUUGAUGAGCAAGGCUGGCUGUUUAAACGCUCUGUGUCUGUGUCAACCAGACCUCUUCUCAAACCAGUGAUGGGCAUGAAUGGAGCUAAAGUGCGCAGUCAGAGCUUCGGUGCACGCUACAUGGACAGACCGAGCUUCAACAGAUCUGGAAAGGUCCGGACCCAAAUCAAAACCCAUUCAGGGAGCUCACUGAACUCUCUUGGGGAUGUCCUUCCCGGUACCAUGAGCUGCUCCAGUAGCUACCACUGUCCAAUGAAUCGAUCCCUACUGAACAACUUUCUGAUUGAGGAAGGACUGACAGUCCCGUCACAUCUGGGUUCAUCCAGUGAAAGACUUCAGAGUCUUAAGCUGCAAAGAGAGCAGGCUAGGCGCCUUCAGAUCGAGCAGCAGUUUUCCAGCGCCUUUGGUGAGCCAGUCUCUGAGGAACCCGAGAGACAAAGCACCAUAACCACCAUCGAAGAGAAGGUGAUGCUUGGCAUUGAGGAGAACUUACACAAGUCACAGGAACAUGAGAAAACAAACGAAGUGAAGCAAAAGUCUGGCUCUAGCAUUGCAAGUUGGUUUGGUUUCCGUAAGAGUAAACUUCCGGCUCCAAGCAACAAAAAGACGGAUCCACCAAAAGCAAAGGAAGAAAAGCGGGAACAAAAAAUUACGUCUCUGCUGGGAGGAAAGAGUACAAAGUCAGACAAGAAGAAAGACAGACGAAAAAGUGAUGGGAAAGAAUGCUCUGUGGGAAUAAGAGAGCCCCAUGAUGCAGUUCGGUCCUGCAUCUCAAUGCCCUGUCCAGGAAUGUCCCUCACUGAGAUCCAAGGACAUGCUAGCAUCAUAGCGGACGCCCAGAUGAUGAACCGAAGACCUGACAGUGAAAAUGGAUCCAGUGUGAGGAGCCAGGAUGCAGUCACAGGAUCGCGCUGCGCCAUGCGGACGCUGGACAGCGGAAUCGGGACCAUUCCCCUCCCAGAAUCCUGCUCCUUCUUCUCCUCCAUCCUCAGCUUCCUUCCCAAAUCCUCGUCGACCCCUGAGCAGUCGCUCAGCCCUCCCAGUAUUCCCGGUUGCUCCAGAGAAGACGUGUCCCCGUCCCCGUUGCCCCGGUGGAGAGUCCCGUCCAGCGGCAGGGACGGCAGCCGCUCAGGCCUCUCCGCCUCCCUGUCCGACUCCUCCAUGAUCCCGUCGGUGCCUUUCCCCACUGUGGCCUUCCUCCAGCCCUCGUCUCACCCCAUUGUGACCCCAGCCAGUGUGUGUGACACCCAGAGCUGGCUGCCCAGACCGCCCAGAGGUGGGACGGAACCAAAGAAGUUGAGUCACAUCAAACCCAAACCGCGACCCACAGCCAACCAACCGCAGGAGCAGAACCGACUGCAGCUGGCAAACUGUGAGGAGAGAUCCUGAAGCUGGAAGAUCCGCUGCAGGAAACCCUCACCUUAAAGAUGCAGCGUCGGCCAAUCAGGAUGCAGGACAACGCAGCGUCGGCCAAUCAGGAUGCAGGACAACGCAGCGUCGGCCAAUCAGGAUGCAGGACGACGCAGCGUCGGCCAAUCAGGAUGCAGGACGCUCUGUUUCCUGUUCUCAGCUCUGCAUCUGGCUGUGAAGAUGAAUCCUAAAGCUCUCCUUCAAAGCGUUCUGGUCUAGUCAAAUCCUCUUCAUCACGCUGAGGACGAAGUGGCAGCUAGCGGCUUUCUAAUGUAGCAUUGUGUAAAUAAACAGCAGAGGGUUCGUUCAUAUCAUUAACUUCAGAAUCAGAUUUCAGCUGGUUUCCUUUUUCUUUCCAGCUAAAAACUGUUAAUGUCGCAGCAGAUGCUGCAGCUUCCUGCUCACCUGCCAGGUAGGAACUCACGUUUACGUCAAACUGAAUGUUCUCCAGUUUCCUGUCCUAAAACCAGUAGCAUUUCACUGCUUGUUCCCAGUGAUCAGGCUAACUAGCAUUAGCAAUACAAGCGUCUCACUAUUUUAGACCUUCAGGAACUGAAGGAGCCGCUUUCUAACGGAUGCUACCUGAUUUAUUGUGAUAUAAACAAUAAUCAAUUAUUACGCUUCAAACUUAUUUCUUGUCAUCCUGGAAUAAUAAAACCUCAUAUUCUGCUGAAGAGAAAAAUAAAGAAACAAAUAAGUAAAAUUCUGUGGGAAAAUUAGCAUUAGCAUGCUAAUGUUAGCAUCAGCUAACUACUCUUUUCUGUGUUUAUAUUUUCUGUUUAUAUUUGAUUGCAGAUCAUUUUUUGCACAAUUUGAACUAAUUUCAUGGUUUCACCAUGAAGGCCAUGAAUCCACUUUAUUUUUUUGUUAAAUAAAAAAGAAAAAGUUAGCAUUGACGAUAGCAUGCUAACAAUGGCACAUCUUAUUUAUUUUGAUAAAAUGUUGCAACUGAUCAAUCAAUAAAAUCUAUAAAUGAUUCAUCUGACAUGCCAGCUGAUAAUAACAAACUUCUCACUGGUUCAGACAUCCAGGAACAAAUUUAGCAAUAUUUCUACCAGAUGCUAUCAUUACUGUUAGCGGCGCAGAUAAAUCAUUUAUUACUGGAAUGUUUAAAACUUUAAAAUUUCUUAGAUGAUUUCUGAACAAUAAUCUCUUAAAUUCUGCAAAACAAACGGAUAAAAAUACAAACUGCUGAAAUUAUUCUGUUAAUGCAUCUUAAAAAAUUAGCAUACUAACGUUAGCAUUAGCAUGCUAACAUUGAGGCUAAUUUUUCUUUUCUGUGCUUGUCAUGUUUCUGGUUACAUUGUUUCAUUUUUUGUACUGUUUGAACUUAUUUCCUGGUUUGAUUAUCGAUCAACUUUAUUUAAUAUGAAAGAAGAUUAGCUUGCUAACAUUAGCAUUAGCACACACACUUAUUUAUUUUGAUAAAAACUUUAGACACAUGUUCAAACAAAUCAAACAGUAAAAUCUAUAAAUUAUUUAUCUUGCAUAAAUUCAAUUAAAUUCACCUUAGCUGGAAAAAUUAGCUUUAAUAUUUUGUGAAAGUUUACAGAAGAUUUAUAUUUACAUAAAAAGCUGCAGAAUCGUCCAACAAUAACAUCCAAAUGAAACUUUUACUGGAUAAGAACUUUUAUUAUCAGAAUGAGUUUUGAAAUCAGAACUGAAUCAUUUCCUCUCAUGAAGCUGAGUGAUCAGGAAGCACAGGAAGUGGUUCUGCUACUUCCUGUACUCCUUUGUUUCUUCUUCUUGGGUUUUUAGCUCAAGGUUACGACGACCUUCAGCUGUCAGGGAUGAAAAAUAUUCUGAUGAAAAUCUGGAGGAUAAAAAUUCAGAUGUUUUCAAACACAGAGGCUAAACAGCAGAAAUGGAUCUGAGGGGAUUAUUGGUUAUUGACUAUUGAUUAUUGAAGUGAUGUUCUGCUGAGGCUGAUGAGUUGUCAGUAUCCGACUGUUCAGAUUCCUGCCAUCUUAAAAUAACUUUCAUGUAAAUAUUGUUUAAUGAACCAUCUUCAGUUUUUAUCCUUCAUGUUUUAAAAUCACUGCAGGUUUCAACAAUAGAAGUUCUGAAAUAUUAUCAGUUUAACGUUAACGAUGCAAUACCUGAUCAAAAACUGUUUAAAUCCCUAACAGAAAAAUGUAAUCAUGUUAUUUGGUCAAACGUUUAUUGUAUUUAACAACAUUGCUGAUUUAAUUUCUUAAUUCAUAUAAAAAAAAGAAAACAUCAUCAGUAAAAAGGUGUAAAUAUUAUGUUUACAAAAUUAAACAUGAACAGAAAUAUGACUUAAACAAAAUCCUGCAAAUAUUUAAUCUUCAUGCUACAGACAUUUAGCAGCAUCUGGUCUGAAACCUCCAUGAGGAACCGGCCAAUCGGAACCCGAUCCCGACCCGGUUCUCCGGUUCUCCUCCGGGUCCUGAAACCUGGAAUCGAGUUUUUACACAAACCGAUUUCAGAGUUGUUUCAAGAUGGCCGACGGGUAAGAUACUGGCUCCUCAGACCCGCUCUGCAGACCUCUGAACUGUCCCUUUGAGACAGGACUUCAGGACUCAUUUCCUGUUUCCGUGACGAUAUGAAUCUAAUUUGUGAUGUAAAUGCUGAAUUCCUGGACGAUGUGAAUAUUUUGCUGUUUAAACUUUUCCUCUCCUGCAUGUUUCACCGACCCAAACCAUCCAGCGGAGGAACCGUUUCCACGCUGCGCACGGCGAUGAUGUCAUCACUACUCCACAGUGAUGACAUCAUCGCUUCACAGUGAUGACAUCAGCAGGACGGUUGGUUAGGAGUCUUUUUGCUCAGGGAAUUGAACCACUAACCUUCUGAUAGAUGCUGUGGAUUCGCUCAGACAUGGAAACAGAUCCAGGAUCUUCCGACUCCCUGGAACAACCAAUCGAUUUAAUCGAAUGGUUUUUAAUGUUUGGGUGUUUCUUCUUCUUGGGUUUCUGGUUGCAGCUGAGCCACAUAUCAGAGCCAUUUCCUGCUGGAACAUUUAAAGUCACGGCGCUCCGUCACGUUGCCCGCUCUGGCCCGCUCCAGUUGAUCACUCGCUGCAUGUUUUAAUGUUUCAGCUGAUCCUCCCAGUUAAAAGUCCCGAUCCGGUUCCCCUCUUUAAACUCUGGAUGAUUUUUUAAAAAUCUUUUUUUUCCAGUCCAACAUUAAGAAUCAUUCAGAUGUGAAGAAUGAAUCAGUUUUAUGGUGAAAAACACCAGAUGACUCAGCAGAUCACCGGCUUUAAAUCGGCUGCCAGUAAAUAAUUUACUGUUAUUUUGAUUAUUUUCUUAAACUCCUCAAAUGAAGCAAUUUGAAGGUAAACAACAAAAACUUUUGCUAAAAAAGUUAAAAAGAAUCGAUUUAAAAGUGUUUUGUUCAGAGGCCACAUCAAAGGUGACCUACUGCUAAUGCGCUAAUAGCAUAUUGUUUUUGCUCUUUUGUUAGCUUUGAAAACAUUUAGCGCACUUAGCUUCUCCUGAAUGAACUUCUCCAGAUAAAUUCUGAACGAUAAUUAUUCGACUGGUUGGUAAAUUUCAGUUGGAUAAAGUCGAAUGUUGGAACAAAGUUAACAAGCGAAACUCAACAACUAGAAAACUGUAACCAGGAAUGAAAUGUCUUUCAAAGAAUCACUUCCUGAAGCGCAAACCGUUCAGGAAGUGCCACAAAAUGAACUAGCGCCCUCAUGUUACUGUUGGCAUUGUUGAAAUGAGCAUGUUAGCAUUAGCUUCCACUGAAUAAUGUGUUGAUGUUGAUUCAGCGUUAGUGGAACCCAUGUUUCCAAUUAUUGCUCUACGGUUAGCAUAGCUAGCUCUUCAGCAUAGCUAGCUCUUCAGCUAGCGGCCCCCACCACUGCAUCUCAGUGUUAUUUAGAAUCACGUUUUAUUUGGAAUUGGAAUUAAAGCAUUUUUAAUUGUGCUUUAUGGUACCAGUUAAUAUUUAUCUACUUUAUGUAAAAAAACAACGUAAAUAUGAAUCAUCUUUCUGGAAUAAAGUCCAGUAGAUCUGAUCUAUAAUCAGUUUUUGCUAGCUAGCCGUCUGGAUUGAAACCGUUAAUAAAUGUUAAAUUAAUGAUUUAAAUCAGAUCUUCAGGCAAAGCAAAGCUGACUUUUGUUCAUGAAACGUAAAGAGACCAGAAUCGGAUCGGGACUUUUCAAAGUAAAAUAAGUUCUGUGUAGAACCCGUAGCGUAGGCGUCGGGUCGGAUCAGGCGCUGGUUCUGAUCCGGGCGGAUGCAGCAUGAUGAAAACAGCGCCUGUAUUUUUCUAACAUUUACUCAGACGUCUGUCAGUCAGCACUGAAGAGUGUUUGAACAUUUAUUGCACAUACUGUCUCUCACAAUAUGCAGUGUUUGUUUUUCUGAAUCCAAUAAUUGCAGUGAUGUUUUCGUGUAACGGUCACCGUAGCAACCUCAGACUGGUAAUCUUUGUUUUAUGUCCAAAAAACAGAAAUAAAUUAUUUCAGUACUUC